UCAGUCAGUAUGCGUCGAUUGCUCGGAUUAAGACGUUCUGCGUGAAAAAAAGCAAAUGCAUACAAAGUGUUAUGUUUUUUUUCUACGUAUGGUAUGAUAGUGCCGUUUAAAAGUGUGUCGUGAGUGCCCAUUAAAAGUUGUACAUUCCUUGAGCAAAAAAAAAUCAAGAGAUAACAAAAACACAGUGACUUCAUAAUUAUCACCAGCAGCAUUACCAUCGGCAGACCGCGAGUUCAAUACAUCUGCCCGUGUCCGUAGGAGCCUUCUAGGACUUUCAGCACGGCUUCGUCACUGUUCGCGUGUAAGCGAAUCUUGAUUGAACCAGUGAAAAGCUCGAAGAGACGGCAUCAACACGCAAAAAAUGCUUUAUCAUCGAUCGUCCCUUGCCGUGCUGAUCAUCGUAUUUGGAUAUCUGCUAAUUAUAGAUGGCCGCGAGGACAAUGUGCGGAUAAAACGUGGUCGCAAACCACGAGUGUCGGUGCUGCCUACGCGGGUUGAUGCCGAACCAAGCCAAAACUUGGACCACGGGGAGUCGCAAACGGAUGAUUCUCCGGUAAUACCGCCCGGUUUCCUCAGUCCGUCCGUGCAGGAGUACCUGGAGCUGGGAAAAUCAAUCCCCGGUCGUCCGGGAACGGAUUAUCCCAUUCUGGCUGCUGUGCCGUACACCAACUUCUACUGCGAUGAACAAGACUAUCCGGGAUUUUUCGCGGACAUGGAAACAAGAUGUCAAGGUUGGCACUACUGCGACAUCGACGGCCGGCAGGCAACGUUCCUCUGUCCGAAUGGGACACAAUUUUCUCAAGCGGUAUUCGUGUGCGACUGGUGGUUUAAUGUCCGCUGCGAUCUGUCUCCGCGAUUAUAUGCCAUCAAUGCUAGGCUCUACCAGCGUCCGAAGGUGAAUCCAACGCGGAAACAUCGAGUCAUAACGAAGCAGCUGGUGGAGGAUAUUUUUCUCAAAUGAGGUUCUAGAGAACACACCACCGCUAUCCGGCUGUUUUUUCCGGUAUCCUUGUGCAAGACCGGAAGACCAGUUUUUUAUGUGGAACGAGUGAAUGCGAAUCGAGUGAAGUUUUCCCCAUAUCAUCAAGCAAGCGUGGCUUUUUUCUUGUCCAAACUCAACCAAUUCAACUUUCCCAGAAUGUCACCAGAGGCAUAAUGAGCGAGAGGCGAGUGCGGAAGCAUUUCAUACAAUUGUUUUAUAUUAAAUAUUUUAAACCACGUUAAGAUGGGAAGGUCUAGAUACGUAUGUUGUGCAAAUCCAAGUUCCGAGAGUUGAAUCACUUUUUCGGUGUUCAACUGAAAAGUUUUUUCUCCAGUACAACACAUAGCAGUAUUCUCUACGUACCUUCGCUCAACGGUGAGCAGAAGGGCAUCACAUUUGAAUUUAAAUUAAAUCAAAGCAAAUAUGAAAUUUUCCCUACUUUCCCCCAAACCUAAUACUGCCUCUUCCUUCUCCCGUUCCGAGCGAAAGUCGGAAACUGUAAAUGAAACUAAUUUUCAAACAACUACGAUACAACCUGAACGCCGGAAAGUUUGAACGUAUGAAGAAUGUUAUGAGUACUUAUAAGUGAACCCGUUUGAAAGAAUUCUAUGUGUGUGUCGAGCAAACAUAUGUUGUGAGGAACAGAGCAUAAAUUACUGCUCGUGUUGCUGCUGUAGGGACAAUCUAACCAUCAACGUUUGGGGAUUCCGAUUUUUGUAACUCUUGAAUAAAUCUCCAGAACAAAAAGUGACCAUUCCCUCAAACUGAUCGAGGGAAGGCGCAUUCACAUAAAGUUGAGACUACUUAACGGUUGUCUCGACGUAUCUACGAUAAAUGUAAAUAGAUAGGCUUUUGUAACUUAUGUUAACAAGCUUUGGAUUGCGCUAAGAAAGUUUGAAGGAAAAUAUCGAAAAUUGCCAAGCAUUGCAUAAUUACCUCGGAACUGUACAAACAAAAAUUAGGAGAAAUCGAUGAGAAUUUAAUUCAAACGACAACAAACUGACAAUAUUUGCUAACAGGAAACCAGAAACGUUAUAAUGAUCGCGGUGAGAUUGAGGGUUUUCAGAGUGCAUGGAAAUAUCUUGUAAGAAUAUGUCCAAUAAAAAUUAUAUUUAAA